UUUAUUUGAAUGUUUUGAGCACACUAAUUUUAAUAUCGCACUCGCCUGUAUGAAAAUCUGCAAGGGCAACAAGCUGUAGGAACUUGGCGGCGCUCCUCUUUCGACCGGGCGCAUACAAUCUCCGACGAGUUUCGUGCUGCCAGGUUUGGAGGCUUUCAAAAGGCUGUUUUCCCUAGAAGCAUACAGAAGCGCGAGAUGGAGGUGCUGGAUGAGUGGUUAUGGAGGCAGGAGUACUGGCUUCCUCCUGGGAUUACCUGGGAGGACAUGCAGCAGAUGGAGGGCUCAGCCUGUCCACUCCCACGGGACCUGUUCCUUUCUCUCCCCCUGGCUUUGGGUUUCAUUGUGCUACGCUACAUAUUUGAGAGGACUGUAGCGUUACCUCUCAGCAGACGAUUAGGGGUCCGAGAUCGGCUGCGCAUUUCUGCUGUACCGGCUCCAAGUCUGGAGGCCUUUUACACACAGCACCGUCGACAGCCUUCCCAGAGCGAGAUUGCGAGACUGAUGAAACAGAGUGACCUAACACAAAGACAAGUGGAGAUCUGGUUCCGUUACCGUAGAAACCAGGACAGACCAAGCAACACCAAGAAGUUUUGUGAAGCAAGUUGGAGAUUUUUCUUCUAUCUCAUAUCGUUCACUGCUGGACUAGCGUGUUUGAUUCGUACGCCCUGGUUCUGGGACCAAACAGAAUGUUGGAAAGGUUACCCACAACAGCCUGUAGAGACAGCUCACUAUUGGUACUAUAUGAUUGAAUUGGGCUUCUACUGGUCUUUGCUCCUCUGUGUGUCGGUGGAUGUCAAGCGAAAGGAUUUUAAGGAACAGAUUGUUCACCAUAUUGCCACAAUUUUCCUGCUUGGUUUCUCUUACUGUGCGAACUACAUCCGCGUAGGCACACUAGUGAUGCUCGUGCACGACUCCUCAGAUUUCCUGCUGGAGUCUGCCAAGAUGUUCAACUACGCUGGCUGGAAAAAAACAUGCGAUUCGCUGUUCGUCAUCUUCGCGGCUGUCUUCCUGGUGACACGACUAAUAGUAUUCCCAAGCAAAAUAAUAUACACCACCCUUGUCCUAUCCAUGGACAUUUUUCAGCCCUUCGUGGGCUAUUACUUCUUCAAUGCUCUGCUUCUGGUCCUCCAAGGCCUGCAUAUCUUCUGGGCUUCACUCAUCCUGCGCAUGAUAUAUAAAUUUCUCUUUCUGGGGAAGUUGGACAAAGAUGAACGCAGUGACGAGGACAGUGAAGCAGGGGAGGAUGAGGAUGAUAAAGGGGACGAAGAGCAGGAGUCCUCCUGGAAGAAAAGAAAAGUUGUCCUCGAUUCCAAACUGGCUAUGCUGACCUCUAGUUGUGUUUUAAACAACUUAACUAAUCAAAGGGCUAACGGCUGUAGCCAAAUGCCAAAAGCAAGAUAACAACAUCUGGGCAUCUCUGUGUCAAUACAGGGGUGUUUAAAUUUUCACAUUUUAAUGAAAAUUUAAUGGUUGCACUCCUGUUUGUGAAGAUGGAGGAGCACGCUCUUACAUUCUCAUGUUGUAAUAUAAUCGUUUAUUGAGCUACGCUUUUGUGAGACGUUUUCGUCACAGGAAUUUUCACUGCAGUCGUGCGAUGAAAGCUAGAGUAUGUGUCUUGGCUGUUUGAUCUGUUAGUCAGAGUUGCACUGUUUAUUUAUACUUGGUGUU